CUCAAUGACACAUGGACUUUGAAAACGAAUUUUUUGUCUUGAUGUAAAGACUCUCAGGAUCCUCGUUUAGACGUUUGCGUCAUUCUAGUCAAAUAAUCCCAAGUACCGCGGAACGAAAUUCAUCGACAUUCAUGUCGUGCCGGGCUUCGCGUACCGAUCUCGAAUUUAGAUAAAUCGUUAUCAAUAACGUUAUCACCAAAGAGCUUGCAUCGGCUGGUCAAAGUGUCAUCGACGAAAUUCUAACUUCGCCGAAUAUGGAAGUGAACGCCCAACAAAUUGCUGAUCUUCGUGAAAGGUUCUUUACGAAAUUAGAAAAUGAAGGAGCACCUGAUCCUGGUGGUUUUCAUCCGGCUGAUAUUGCUAGGGUGAAAACCAUGGAUGAUUGGUUAAAAAGGUUUUUAGAGCACAAUGACCUGAAUGUUCAGGAAUCUCUCAGUAUGCUUUGGGAGAGUUGUGACUGGAGAAAGAAAUUUGGCUGCAAUGAUAUUACUGAACAUACUGUCAGAAGGGAUUACCUUGAGGAAGGUAUUUUCUUUUCUCACAAUAAAGAUAAAGAUGGAAAAUUUCUUUUCAUUGUGAAAUCUAAGCUGCACGUAAAGGGAGCUAAAGACUUUAAAGAACUCCAAAGAUGCAUUGUUUAUUGGUUCGAGAGAUUAGAGAGAGAAGGAAAUGGGAACCAAAUAUCUCUAGUGUUUGAUAUGGCAGAUACAGGCCUCAAUAACAUGGACAUGGAGUUCACCAAGUACCUGAUAGGUCUAUUUAAAACAUAUUAUCCCAAUUUCUUAAAUUACAUCAUAAUCUACGAAAUGCCUUGGAUCCUCAAUGCAGCAUUUAAAGUAAUCAAGUCAUGGCUCCCCGCGAAGGCCAUACCAAAAAUAAAAUUCGUCAACAAAUCAAACAUGAAGGAAUUUAUCGAACCGAAUGACGCGCUUAAAUGCUGGGGAGGAAAUGACGAUUAUACGUUCACCUUUCUGCCAGAAGUGCGGACCGCAGCAGCCGUCAUGAAUGGACGAUUGGAGAAUAAAAAGGUACAUUUUGCUGAAGGGUCACCAAUGUCGGAGCAAGCAACAAGUGGUUUUGGUGAUCAGUCCAAUGAAGAACGCAUGUUAUCCGUGGAUCCGGAAUCCAUAACGUUUAAUAAAGAAGGUAAUGAAGUCUCUGGAACAAUUACUCUCAAGAAUCUUACUACGGACAAGUGUCUUUCAUACAAGAUAAAAACAACUUCUCCAGAAAAAUUUCGAGUACGACCCAGUACAGGCAUUGUGAUGCCUACUCAAGAGUGUAAUGUUAUGGUGACAUUGCAACCAGGUUACAACGUACAUGGCUUAUUGAGAAAUGACAGAUUUCUAGUAAUGUGCCUGCCAAUGAAGGAUACAAAAAUGACGUCCCAGGAGUUAACUGAAUUUUGGAAGACUGGUGGCAAGGGUGCCGAACAACACAGAUUAGGAUGUACUGAUGGUGGAACUGAAAAUGGCGAAGUCAGGUCAUCUAUCUUAUCAAACAGUGCAGCAGCGAGCGACCGUGGUGUUGACAAAUAUUUUUCAAAGAUAACGCAGCUAGAAGACAAUCAUAGACAACUGCACGUGGAAUUGACUAAUAUGAAACGACUGCAAAUAAUAUCUAUAAUGCUAACAGUUUUACUUGCUAUGGCGAUCGUAUAUAUACUAAGGUCGGAUAUUAGAAACGCUGCCGAAGAACAGUACUGUCAUAUGCAUCAUGGUGUAGAUUAGAUUUUCAUGAAAGAAUUGUAAUUUAUAAAACAAAAAAGAAACGAAGGGAUUCACCUGCGGUGAGGGAUAUAUUGAACAAAUUUUAGACAAUUCAUUAAUUGUUUUUUUGUCAUUAAGAAAAAAACGCAUUUCUCUCCCGACAUUAUGUGGGAAUUUUUGUUGUCACAACGUGUUACGUACGUCAUGCUAAUAUUGUUAUUUUGUUCUGGCAGAUUAUUGUUUUCUGUAUUUCGUAUAUAUUUAUAGACACUUUUUUCUACCCGUUACUAAAUAAAUUGUAGGUGGUAUGCAAGGAAAUAUAGAAUUAGAGUGAUGGAAACAGGUCACUUAGUUAAUAGGUUUUUUUCGAUGGGCAAGUAUCUAUAUUUACAGGAAAUGAACAGCUAAAUAAAUUACAAUGGUGUUUCACAGAACACCUAUAUGGCAUGCGCAAAUGUGACAUGUCUUAUAAAGCACAUUGUUACUGAGCCAUAAGAAGCUGCGUUAGAAAUAUUUUUGUAAGCUUUUAUAUGUAUUAUAUUACUGGUGAUUAUGCUGCAUCUCGAUAAGCCACAAAUGUACACAAGUAUUUCAUUCGCCUCACAGUUAAGCAACUGUCCAUCUACUAUCUCCAGAGAAACGCUUAAUAUAAAUACAUAUUCGUAGUUCAUCAAUAGUUUGAUAUUAAAUAGAUAAAAUUACAAUAUAUAUCAACGUACAAUUUUUCA